AUGACACCACCAGAUUACACCAACUACGAUUCGCUGCAAAGCGUCAAACGCAAUCUGUUCUUUGACGACGACGACGACGAUGAAUCAUCAUCAUCAUCAUCAUCAUCAUCAUCAUCAUCCUCACACAACAAGAACAACAACAAUGAUGCCAAUGAUGAUAAUGAUGAAAUACCGUCAUCGGCAUCCUUGGCAGAUGUUCACACAAAUCUCAAUCGUCUGAUUAUUAGUAUCGACCUUGAUUCCGAGGACUACGUAAAUCAAUCGAACCUCUUGGUGGCUUUGAAACAGCUGCUUCGUUCGGUGCAUGAUGAUGACGACGAUCAUGACGCUGAUGAUGAUGAGGAUGAUGGAAGCAGCACAGUGUCCAAAUACGAUUUAAAGGCACAUUUGUUGGAGAAUCAUGACGAUUACAACACCUUCUUGCCACUCGUCUUGUCAGUGCUUCCAAACUUUCGCCGCAAUCUUCCUCUCCUGAGUGCUGGACGUCUAGUGAGAAUGUUGGAGCAAUAA